AUGUCAGGGGAAUUGUCCGGAUAUGAUAAAGGAUUAAAAUUCGAAAAUGAAAUUUAUUCGAUAUUAAAAAAAAAUAUAUCAUUCACUGUCAAUCUUACUAGAAGUAUUCAAGGUGAUGGAGGAAUUGACUUGAUAUUAUUUUAUAAAGACAUGCUUGUUCUUAUUCAAUGUAAGAAUUUGGCAUCUAGAGUUGGCGUGACUCAUGUGAAAGAAUUCAUCACCACAUUUGAGAUGAAUAAGACUGAGAAAAAAAUGGGUCUUUUGAUAUCGGCAAAUGGGUUUAGUAAAAAUUGUUAUGAUUUAUUACACAAUCACAAUAUAAUUCUCUUAACCGAUAAAGAUAGUAUUUCAGACUGUAUCAUAUCCUAUUACAGAAAUGCAAAUUAUGAAAUUUCAAAUACGUCAGAUGGGAGAGAAGUGAGAGCAGAUUUAAAAUUGGAUAUUAAUAGGAUUAAAUUGGAUGUGAAUUGCCUUGCGCACAGGAUGGGGUGUUAUUUGCGUAACUUUAAAAUGACUGAUUUCAACAAUAUAAUCGAAUACUCGGAUGAGAUGAUGAAGAAACAUUUGGUAUUUUUGGAUGAUCUGAGACUCGCGCGCAAGAAUAAAGAGAAGAUUGGAUUAUUGCUGAAUGCGUAUAAACUUGUCGAUGAAUCAUUGUAUAAAGAUAGAGGUGAAGUUCAGGAACAAUUUGAUCGCGUUGAUAUCGAGUUGAGAGAGUUAGAGUUAAAGAAUUCAGCAAUUGAAAAAAAUACUAUGUUUACCGCAUUUUGUAUUUUGAUUGAUGAUGACAAAAAUGUAUGGAUGAAUCUUCGCGAUAACGAAUAUCGGGUCCCAGGUGGUUAUUUAAGAAUGAGAUCUGAUGGGGUAUAUGAGAAAUUUGAGGAAUGUGUUAUCCGCGAGGUGGAAGAUAAAACUGGAAUUAUUAUGCCACAUAAAAAUCUCCGAAAAAUUAUGGAGGUCAAGUAUUUCCUAAUGGAUGAUGUAUUAAACGUUUGUAAUAUUUUUUUGGCAUGUGUUCAUGAGACUUUGGAUGGGUGGAUGAGUUUUAAUUACAGGGAGAUUAAUAAUUUAGAAUAUCCGUUAAUAUUUCCAUUAAGAAUGGUUAGAAGUUUUGAUUUCAUUGGCAGUUCCAUUGCUAAUAUUUGCAAAAAGAAUCCAAAGAUCAUUAUUAUAACCGGAGCUAUUGCGGUUGGAAAGACGACCUUCGCGCGGGAGCUUUCGAAUUACCUUACUGAAAAGGGAAAGCAUGUUAUGUUACGUGGAGAAGUUGCACGAAAUCUUGAAGGAGAAUUACGUUUAUUUCAACAUAAUCAGGAUAUCUAUCCAUUUUUCUUUCAAUAUGCGAUGAUUAAUGCAUAUUUUUUUGAAAUGAAUGAAAUUAAGCGAUUAGGACAGGAUUAUGAUUACAUUAUUCUCGAUAGAAGUUAUCUCGAUACAUUUAUAUUUACAAAGGCCACUAUUCCCGAUGGAGAUGGUAAAUUAUUGAAUAUUCUCGACCAACGUUUAGGAAGGAUAGAAUUUCUAUUUGAGGUGAAAAAGGUGUUUUAUUUGAAACCCUCUAUGGAUAACAUGUUAAGAUGCUAUGAAAUUCGUAAGAGUGAGGAUGAAAUUGAUGGGGUUGAUUCAAGUGAUAAUGAUGA